AUGAAAACAGAAUCUAAGGAAAUACAGAACCCACCCAAACUUCCAAACAUAAUCAUAACAGGAACACCCGGAGUUGGCAAAACUACUUUAAGUGAAGAGUUGGUUGAAAUAAUAAAUAAAGAUUUUGAAGAAAUGUUUAAAAUAGAUGUAAAAGAACCACUAAAAAUGAUACAUCUAAAUUUAUCAAAUAUAAUAAAAAAUGAAAGAUUAUAUGAUGAAUAUGAUGACGAAUUAGAUGCAAGUAUAUACAGUGAAGAAUUAGUAAAUAAUAAAUUAAAAAAAUUAAAUUUGGAAAAUGGUGGUUAUAUAAUAGAUUUUCAUGAUGUUAAUUUUUUAUAUGAAAAUAAAUGUAUAGAUAAAAUUUUUUUAUUAACAGCAUCUACAAAUGUUUUAUAUGAACGUUUAGAAAAUAGAAAUUAUAAAAAAGAAAAAAUUAAAAAUAAUAUUGAAUGUGAAAUAUUUCAGGUUAUAAAAGAAGACAUAUUAGAAAAUUAUGAUGAUGAAAAUAUUUUUGUAGAGUUACAAAAUAAUAAUUUAGAAGAUCAUGACAAAAACAUUUCUUUUAUUCAAAAAUGGAUUCAUUCUUAUGUGACUCAUGGGUUCUAA